UUGUGGAAAAAAAUCAAAGUGCAACAGUCGCUUUUGAAUUGCCCAGAUGUCGUGUGCAUUGGCCUGAUCUGGGAUUCUGAAACGCCCGACGUUGAACAGAUAACACAGCUGUUGGAUUGCAUUGAUCCUGUCAUUCGUUUGCCUGAGGUAUUUCCCCGUGUAGUUGACGAUAGAGCCAGGAAGGUUGAGCUAUUGUUGGCUGGCGUGGUCACGUACUACGGCAAACAUUACUCGACGUUCUUUAAAAGUGACAAACUCAGGACUUGGAUCUAUUUUGAUGACGCCAGGGUUCGCAAGUGUGGUUCAGAAUGGGAGACGAUUCGCAAGAAAUGCUGUCAAAAUCACUACCAGCCAUUGCUCUUGCUCUAUGUUAACCCCCACGGUGUGCCCGUCAACACGAAACAUGCUCUUUCCGAAGUAAAACUUGUCGAUACGAAGACGUUACUCGCCAGCCAAGAGAACAGCAGAUCGCGGAGUUUCACGAACGAAAAAACGAACGACCUUAGCGGGGGCUCGUUGUCCGUUGUGGACGAAACCAAGUCAAAUGGCGACGCUGUCGACGGCUUGUUGUCAAGUUCCAGCAGUCAUUCGCUCGGCUCCGACCGAGGCUCGGGAAAUUACGUUGAGCUUUCGCCUCCUGAUCGGAAAAAGAGCAGGAGGACUAUGAAGAAACUACGGGGCAUUGGGUCGGAUAUUAAGAGGGCCUUAUCUCGUAGUAGGAAUAAUUCUCCGACCCGGGAACAAAAUAACUCCGAACCUGGGACUCCUGUAUCUAGCGAGAACAAUUCACCGAUUACCCCAGAUAUACCUACGCCUAAUGUGAAGGGGAGGUUUUCUCGUAGUAGGAGCAAUUCUCCUACUCCGGAACAAAGUGCGAGCGAUUUAAAGAGGUCGUUCUCUCGUAGUAGAAACAAUUCUCCUACCCCGGAACAAAGUUCGUCUGAUGUGAAGACCGCGUUUUCUUAUAGCAAGGACAAUUCUUCGUUUCCAGAAAGGAAUAACAAUAAUACGAAGUCUUUGCAUACGGGGAAAGUUGAAAGAAUUAACGAGGAGAGGAAACAAAAUUCGUGUGAUGAUCUCAUCAAGCUGGAGGAUGACCCCAAGGCUAAGAUCAUGCGUGCUUACAACACAACUUCAAUUCGUGGUCGUGAGGUCGACGAGGUUGAUAGCGGCGUGGGAUCUAGUAGCAGCCAGGCCAGCUCACCAGCCACAAGCUCUGUGAGUUCUGUUGAUACAACCACAGAUGAUCUCAUAGAUUUUUCAACAAGAACUUUUCCACGACCUUCAAAAGCAAAUGACGUUCAACAAAAAUUAGGCGUCAUAGUCGAAGAAGCCGAAAACUUAUUGCGAAGGUCAUACGCGUUAGAAAAGGACGAUUUGGCAUUGUCGCUUUCUUUAGCAACAAACGCAUCAACUCGAUUUCGCAUCGCCAUUGAGAAUUGCCCAGUAACCAAAAGCCCUGAGUACAUGGCAAACUUAAGGAGAAGAUACACGACAUGUGUUGAUAGAUCUCGCGAGCUACACCGUCUUAUCAACGAGAAAAAUGAUUAUGAGAGGAGAAUGUUCUCACAGCGCGAAAAACAAAAGUUAAUCGACAAUCAGAGAGGAAGAGAUCAACAGGUUCUGAGGGAAAUGAAGCAAACUCCUGCAACUCACGGAACCCUACCAAGGUCUUCUGUAAAAGAUCGUGUUCAGUUGAACGAAGUUGGUCCGAUCUCAAGCCGAUCAUUAAACGAUCUUUUCCUAAAUAAUCAUCGUCCAGACUCCGGCUCCCCGCCAACUGCACGAAGAACAAACUCUCGUAUUAUCCACUCGGGUGGUGUCGGCAGUACACGCGAUGAAGUAAACUGUACGCAGAAAAUUAAACCAGAUGUGCUAUGCUACAGUCCCGCCCAUUAUGGUAAAAUAAACGGUCUAAAUAAUGAUUUGGAACUAAUGAGUGUAAAGGAAGAACCUCGUAUUCGGAGCGCAACAGUAACGCACGUGUCAACAUCGUUUAACCCCGUACGCAGUCCUCCAGUUGACCAAUUGUUGCAAACCAGCACGGUGUUACCUAACUCCAGAAGUCUACGAAAUACUGACAUUCGUCGUUGUUCUAUUUACGAUAAUAUGCCUCCUAAUCCGGGGAAGGAUCCCCGAAUGAACACAAAUACCCUACAAAGUACAAAUUUACCCCCCACGUACGCUAACGCGCGGUCGCGAAGUGAACAAGGGCAGAAUCGUAAGUCGUUUAAUACGCCAAUAUAUGUCGAACCGCCGCCUUACAAUUCUAAAAUUGCUUCUAAAAACCCACCAGGUAGCUUACUUCAGCGUUUCAACGUUCCAGUCACAUUAGGCCACUCGAGAGGUCUCGGGGUUCCCGAAGAUGUACGACGGAUUAACGAGGACGUACGAAACUCGCGAAGAUUGUGCAAUCGUUGUGGUAAAAUUUUCGUGGAGAAAAACACGAUGUUCUGCCCGUCGUGUCAGGAUCUACAGCACAUGUUACGUAAUCUUGACAAUACUGCUAUGCAGUACUAAUUGUAUAUUUCCGAGUGUAGUGAUACUUGGUAGGGGAGGGGUGGGGUUAAUUGUAUAUUUCUAUACACGCGUAUAUGUUUGUGUAAGAAAAAAAUGAGGUCUCUACACAUGUACAGUACAUAUUGUAAUUAAGGUCAUAGCUUUUUUGUAAAAAGUUAUCGUUGAUAUUUAUACUGUAAAGAAAUUUUUCUUCAAAAGAUUAUUUGCAUACUGUU